CUCUGUGGCUUUUCAGCUAAUGUUUAAUCCAUGCUGACCAUGGAACAAAACAACGGCAGCGACGUGACCGGAUUCGUCCUCCUGGGCUUUGCUGGGCAGCACAGGACCUGGCACGUCCUCUUUGCGGCCUUCCUGGUCAUCUACGUGGCCACGCUGGUGGGCAACACGGGGCUGGUGCUGCUCAUCAAGACGGACCCCGCCCUGCGCACUCCCAUGUACUUCUUCCUCCAGCACCUGGCCUUCGUUGAUGUGUGCUACACCUCUGCCAUCACCCCCAAGAUGCUGAAAAACCUCAUAGGGACAAAACAGUCCAUCUCCUUCUCAGGCUGCAUAGUGCAGAUGCUCGUCUACGGGAUGUUUGCAACCAGCGACUGCUUCAUCCUGGCCUCUAUGGCCGUGGACCGCUACGUGGCCAUCUGCAAACCCCUGCACUACGCUGUCACCAUGUCCCAGAGAGCCUGCAUCCAGCUGCUGCUCGGCUCCUACCUCAUGGGCUUCCUCAACGCUUCUGUCAACACGGGUCUGACUUUCUCCCUGAGCCUUUGCAAGUCUCAUGCCAUCAACCACUUUUUCUGUGACGUGCCUCCGAUUCUCGCCCUCUCGUGCUCCAGUGUGGACUUCAAUGUCAGGGUCCUGACUGUCUUUGUGGGGUUCAACUUGACGAGCACCGUGUCGGUCGUCCUCUUCUCCUAUGUAUGCAUCCUGGCCGCCCUCCUCAGGAUGUCUUCUGCCGCGGGAAGGAGGAAAGCCUUCUCCACGUGCGCCUCCCACAUGAUGGCGGUCACCAUCUUCUAUGGGACCCUCUCUUACAUGUAUCUGCACCACCGUACCCCUGAGUCUCAAGAGCAGGAAAAGGUAGCAUCGGUAUUUUAUGGCAUAGUUAUUCCCAUGUUAAACCCCCUCAUCUACAGCCUGAGGAACCAAGACGUCAUACAAGCUCUGAAAAGGGCAGGAAAGAGGUGCUUAUAG